GUUAAUACUGUGUGGGAAAUAUUUAUUUAUUUAUUAUUAUUAUUCUGUAUUUCUAAGAGUGCAUCAUGUUUAGCACAAUGUGUUCUUGUUUUGUGUCUGCAUCCUUUAGCACCGUUUCACUUCAGUCUCCUUGUGCAAAAGUUGCAUAAAACCACAGGUGGAAACAGAUAAAAGUGUUGAUAAGGUAAUUGUGUGUUGAAAUGAGGCAUUGCAAGACCAGCGGAGUCAAAUGAUGGAACGUCAAUAAAUAAUAAAUUCCAUUUGGUAAGUAAAACUUUUGGCAGAAUUGGAAAACAAAAUAUUUAUUUCGAUUUACUUUAACUUUUUUGGUCUAUAUAUUAGUUUAUGUUUCUAGAAUUACCUGCUGACUCCUGCAAUUGGUCAGCUGCCAAAGUGACUACUAGACCAGACAAGUGCAUUGCAGAACCAUCACACAGUUGGCUUGUGGCCAUUGCUUAUUCCCAUACUUGUAACACUGAUGAAAUGAUAAAAGUCCCCUAAAAAGGGGGGGCCUUGCCUUUUUCCGAGAGCCAAUAAAGUUUUUCUCCUUCUUGUGCUUCACAGGUGGCCACAUCCAAGCCUCUUGCUCCCACCCCUCAGUUGCGGAGUUACAGUCAUGCUCCGAGAAGUUUGUCGCAAACAUGUGCUUAAGAGGCGAUGAGUGAUUCCACAAUGCUGGCUGUAUCACAUCCAGUGUGAUAAUUGCUGUUUAUCAUCCUGCCUUUAAAUCAAUUGUCAGGUGCAUUUAUGUUUGACCUUUACAGAAAUCAAUGAGCAGCAGCUAUUGUUUGCUCACACAAUCCCAAAGCCCUUUAUUUCUAAGGAAAUAAUCAAAUUAUGUUUCAGGAUAAUUACUAUUUGCUCAUUUUUUGGUGAUUUCCCUCCCUAAGGCAGACAAGACUAAAUUAGUCAUGCUUUAAAUUACAUUGUACAUCAGGUGUGUUAAAGGGAUUUGUACAGUGCACUGUGGUUGACAGGAUCAAGGAGUCUUGUUAGGCAGAGAGCCAUAAAUCACCGGAUAAACCCACAUUAUCCAUGCACUUGCAGGAAAGAUACAGGCUUUUAAAAACUCAUAAACACAAUGUAUUUUAAAUUAAAGUGAUAGAUACUUUCCUGAUAGAAUUGUGACUUUUUUCUGCUGGCUGAAAUUAUAAGCUGGGGUUCUUAGUUAAACACUCAUUUUCAAUUCCCACUGAACUAGCUGCAGGGGACCCUUUGAAAUUCCCAGCAUGGGGAGUUAUGUAUGUGAUCAUUUAGAAUCAUUUUGAAUAUCAAUGGGAGAAGAAUCCCGAGGACCCAGUUUUAAUGGGACAAUAAGGGCCAGCCACAAAGGUUUUCUCUUUUUUUUAAGGCAGCAUGCAGAGAUGGACUCACUUUACAGCUACCAGCUCUGAAGUAAGCUACUCCCAACCACAUUCACACCUCUCUCUCAUUUAAAUUCAGGGUAAGUUAUAGCACAUUACUGAAAAAAUUCGAGACAACCUGCAUUUGAAUGCUGUCUGGGAGAGCCAGGCCAAUACACAAACCAUCCGCAGUUUAAAACGCACACACAACUUAAGGGACAAACAGUUUCUGUAACACUUAGAACGCCUCAUUUCAGCUAACAACAACAACAAUAAUAAUAAUAAUAAAUACAAAACCACUGAAUCUACUUUUUUUUUUUCAAUUAAAUACAUAGAGUGCAUAUUAGAUUGUCGGACUGGGUUAUCUUUGUUCAUGUGCGAAUACACAUUCAGUCCGAAAAGUUCUAAAAAAAUAAAUAGAUCCAAAUUUAAAGUAAAUCAAAAAGCAUAUAAUCUCUGUGUUCAAGUUCUUUGCGCAACGCUUCGCCCACCAAGCAGAAAAAAACCCUCUCCAAGAUGAUGGUCUCUCCAAGAUUACCCUAUCAGGUGCUAACCGCUGACAUGUUUCCACCCACCAACAACAAAAAAGCCUCUCUGUGCCCAAAUCUCAAGCCGCAGACGCACAAACACCACUGACAGGCACUGCUGCGCCAUCCUCAGCUCCCGAACCUCUCCAGGGAUCCGCUCCUGUUGCUACCGCUGCGAUUCCUCAACAUUUUUUUUUUAUAUAAAUUGAGCUCGGAUAAGUUUGUCCUCCCAUAUUAAACAACUUCGUUUUGGUGGACGGCUCUUUUAUUUAUCGCCACUUUCUUUUUUCACUCUUGCACUUGAUAGCGUAAAAUGAUCCAUGCAAGGUGUAGAAAUCCACUACAGGUACGGACGGAGAUGAGAAGCAUGUGAUCUCCGGAGCAACAACCUUCGGUUUGUGGGGUAACUUAGCUGUUGGUGCGCAAAACUGAAGGAUACUUUUUUAGAGUGGUACUUUUGGAGAGGUCGUAUACUGACUUCCAUUCUUGACACAGACUUGCGGAGACGGUUUUUUUUUUUUGGGAAGUGAAGGAGACUGAGCAGAGAAGAAAUAAUCUUCUGGAUAAUUUCCUCCAACAAGGAAGCACCCAAUGUUGCACUCCGUAACUCUGCCGCUGGUGUCCCGUCAUCUGUCCUUACACUGGGAUCCAGUCUCCUACUUACCCCCGGAGCUGUGUGCGUAAAAUACGCACAGGGAAGCGAAACGGAGCGAGAGAGGGGGGCGAUUUCGCCAACCUUUCCUGGGGCUAAAUCAGUGGAAGCAGGUGUAUUUCAGCUGUAUUUCGGGAAGUCAAGAUGUCUCUGCUGCCUUCGAGGUUCAUAUACCUGUGUUUACAUUUACUGGUGUUCUAUUUCCAACUGCAGGAAUCGCAGCAAAGCUCUGCUGAUUUCAGGUUUUACAUCGAAAACCACACCAGAAACCCGGAUGACCUGAGCCGGAAGCAAGUCCGGAUCUAUCAGCUCUACAGCAGAACCACUGGCAAACAUGUGCAGAUCUUGGGGAAGAAAGUCAACGCCAAUGGAGAUGAUGGGGGCAAGUAUGCUCUCCUUAUUGUUGAGACAGAAACCUUCGGGAGCCACGUCCGAAUAAAAGGAAAAGAGAGCGAACAUUACAUUUGCAUGAAUGAGAAGGGCAAAAUAGUUGGAAUGCCUGAUGGAAGGAAGCAGGAGUGUGUCUUUAUCGAGGAAUUCCUGGAGAACAACUACACGGCUCUCGUCUCUGCCAAGUACAAAGGAUGGUACCUCGGAUUCAAUCGGAAAGGGCGGCCUAAGAAAGGCUCGCGGACCACGCAACGACAACAGGAAGUCCACUUUAUGAAACGGCAGCCGAAGGGCAAGGUGAACCCAGUGCAGGAGUUUCGCUUCACCACAGUAACUAAGCGGACACGAAGGGCUCGGCGGUUAAAAUCCAACGCAAAGAGGAACUGACAGGACUAAUGGGACAGCGCUAGUUUUCCUCGUGGAGGAAAAAAACUGUACCUGAAAAUCUCAAGCUUCUUAAAAGAAGACUUCUCUUCUGUAAAAGAAAGACUGACUAAAAGAACAAAAAAAAAAAGAUUUUUUAUUUUUGUAUUUCAGGAUGACUGAAUAUUUCCUAACUGUCGGAUUCUUCUGGGUUGAUGCCAUUGAGCUAAUGUGUCUGUCAUGUUAUUUAUACUGGAUAAACUAAAGGACCUCUGAGCGAAUUCCUGUCAUCGUGGCCCUCAGCUACAUAUGAACUGCAAGCUGAAGGCAUGCUUUCUUUUUGACAAAAGCAGGAGCUGAUGCAAUGUUAUAAAAAUCAGCCAACUAGAGAUUUAUUGGAAUACCUGUCGGUUUUUGUUUGUGUUGCCCCUGACAAUGCGGAUCCCAUACUUUCCACUGGAAUUAGAAACCAUGGAGAUGAAACGGAGAGAGGUGGCAGUUGCAGGUGACACUGUGCUGCCAGAAUAACUGUGUAGCUUCGAGUGCAAUAUUUUACAGGUCUCUCUCUUUCUCGUCUUCUUUCUUUCCAUGUGUGGCUCAGCUCCUAGAAUGCGCGGAAGCCUCCAAGUACUGUGUGAGAUUUCCAUACAGCCUGAGAUUCAGCUGAAACCCAACAUGCUUUGACUAGUCAAGCGCCAAACGUGGCUUUUGUUCUGUUUAAAGAC